AAAGUCAGGUUCAGUUCUCCUUAGUGGCAACCCUGAAGAAUGGAAUGUGUUCACAACAAACAUUUCUAAAUAAGGCGGACAAGUCCUCAACGUAAUUUCAAAUUACCGUUCAAAAUCUGAAAGACACUCUAACGAGAGUUACCAAAUCUAGUUAUUUCAAUAUACCUGGAUGCAAUCCGACCCUUCCUUGAAUGACUUAUCUGCUGAAGUAUUGAGUUUGAUUAUACUUAAACCAUGAAUUGGUUAGAUCACGAGAACUCGCCCCGAAAGCGACCCCCACUCAGUCAUGGCGUCCAAUCGAUUGCCCGAGUCCAACCUUUAGUGCCUGAAGUGUCCAUGUGGAUGUCGUCCCACGGGAUUUUGGACGAAUCGGUAGAAGAACCCGUUCAAAGGGAAGGAGAGCCGACAGUUUGUCCUGAACCCCAGAAAUUGGACGGGGCAUUCCGUUCACUCGUGGUCCAGCCGCAAGACAUUCAGGCCCACUCGUCGGAAACGACGAUUCCUUUACCUAUUCCGACCACAAACACCGCAUCAACCACUCAGGGAGAUUUGUACCAAUUAUUGCAAAGUCAAAGUGAACAAAUUGCGUCCCUCCAUGAGGCUCUAAGAAAGUUGAUUCUUGAUCGCUCAACUGACCCAUCUCCUACGAACAGGGUUGAAAUGAGGGAGAUUGGGGUUCAAACCCAACCUAAGGGGGAUCAACGGGCCUUUGCUAACCAGGCCACGCAGUGUCAAUUAGAGGAUGAAAUUGCAGAACCACACUUGAUAUCUCCCGGAAAGGUGGAAUCACCCUCUCAAUCCAACGCGGACUCGAAAGAAUGUGAAGACGUGUUGGAUCAACUUCAAAGAGCAUGUAUGCGCGGUUCCAGUGAAAAAGCCAUAAACCGUGAACGGGCUAGUGACUCUGUCGGCGACACCAUGAGUCGGUUGCGAAAUUUGGGCAUCAGUUUUGUGGAUCGGAACCAUUUAAAAGAAGGACAAGUUCCCGAGACCCGGUUCGAUUCUGAUUAUCCCUUGGGUUUGAAAGCCUUGGGUGAGACGCACUUCUCCACCGUUCAAUCCAUCGCCUCGGAUUCGAGUUUGGCCAUCAACUCGGCGGCUUUAAAGUACUUGGACGACCGACAAUUGACAGCCUUGGCUAACAAUCGUGGUACCCGCCUGAAUGGAGCUGUCGACAGUGCAAUGCGGGAUAGUGGGGUUACCCAAUACGGAUUACCGAUGCAGCAGCUUUCAAUGCACACCAAGAAUUACCUCGAAAAUGCCACUGAAGCCUCAUCCAGACCAAGAGAGGGAAGGAAAGAUAUUUUAGAAAACCUGACACAGCUCUUACAACAACCGAAGCUGCGACCAUGACUUGAAUAGAUCUAUUGAAUGAGAA